AGUAUUAGGCGGCGGCGGCUGGCGCGAGGCGGCUUAGAUGCGCCACUGCUUCGCUAGCGACGGCAUCUCCUCACGGCCUUGAGCCUCGUCCUCGGCACCUCCCCCAGGAGACCACUGCAGUCGGGCAGCCCCGGCUCCUCGGUAACCAACCAUGUGCGACCGUAAGGCGGUGAUCAAAAAUGCAGACAUGUCGGAAGAGAUGCAACAGGACUCGGUGGAGUGCGCAACUCAGGCGCUGGAGAAAUACAACAUAGAGAAGGACAUUGCGGCCCACAUCAAGAAGGAGUUUGACAAGAAGUACAACCCCACUUGGCACUGCAUUGUGGGGCGGAACUUCGGGAGCUAUGUGACACACGAAACCAAACACUUCAUCUACUUUUACCUGGGUCAGGUGGCCAUUCUUCUGUUCAAAUCUGGCUAAAGGCGAGGACUGCCAAACACCCAGUGAUCCAUCCAAAAUAAGGACUGCAGCCGAAACUCCAAUACCAGAGACUGAAAUCCUCACCCUGGCUAAGGGAACGCCUCGUUUGAAUCUUUACUGUGUCUGUACAGGGCAUCCUCUGUACUAGUUUAUUGUGGUUAUAAAAUAAUUAGUAAAACA